UUUACAGCCGUCCAUAGAUAUCGGUCCGUUAAGAUCUAACGACAUCCUUUCCAAAACGGUGUGUGCUUUGCUCGUCAGCCUGAUAACUAAGAUGGCAAAUACACGUGUCUGCAAUAGAUACCAAGUAGUUCUCACGGUUUCGGGCCCUUAGUAUAGUGCGUGCUCGCAAGCUUCGCUAGACGCGUCGCGGAAAAAGAAAGUGUGUGUGAACGUGCGUUUCUUGCGACACUUGUCAUAAGAUUUCCACGGAACGCCUCUGGUGUUGGGACCCCUGUGAACCUGUACUUGUUCGCUUCCUGAUGCGUUGAAGCCGCGGCUGCUGCGACGUCAAGAGCGAUGAAUUUUUAUUUGUUCCUUGUGAUCUCUGGAGCCACAACCGUUGCGGCCGUGAUUCCCGUGGCCCCUCUCAUCAACGACAAAGUGGAUCGAGUUCUUGAGGACGGCGUACUCUGCGACAUCAUCUCCAACGACGGAUGCGUGGAGCCCAUCAGCGACUUCUACAUGUGGAACCAGUCGUGGUGGUUCUGGCCCGAGUUCUUCGAUGGCGGCCUCUCGGGCCUGGGCAAGGGACUCCGGCGGUCCGGCGACUGCGCGUUCGAGCUGGGCAACGCGAGCUUCGCCACGUGCGAAAUCGGCUUCUCGGACCUCUGGCUGCGCUACCAAUGGCGCGUGAAAGUCAAGGACCGGAAGCUGCCGCAAGCAGACCAGCAAGACAAUCCGCGGGCCGUCGUCGAGCUGGGAUCCAUGAUGGCCACCGUGGCCGGAGGAACCAUGCGAAUGACACUGCAGAGGGAGCCCAGUGAGGCACGAUCUACCUGCACUGCUCUGAAGGAUACAUGCGAUGACGGUAAUUUCCGAGUCGAAAGUAUCACGACGGGCCAGACCGAGAUCAAGGAGGUGGUCUUUGGCAACUCAACCUUAAGGUGGCGAAGAAAGGAACUUGACACGAAGGAGCCAGAUUUUCAGUGGCGGCUGCGGGACAUGCUGGCCUUCUGGGUCACAGAUUACUUCGAGACCAUGACCUUCAAGGACAUCUUCAACAAGGCGCUUACAACGCUGAAGCCGUGAGCCGCAGAAGAGUUUGUCCAGUUGAAAAUAAAGGUGUUCUACAGCGUGUUAAGUACGGCUUUAUUGGCUGCAACGCCAUCGAGAUGGAACGAAUUUCAGAUUUGUUACGUGAGAAAUUCCAAUAAAUUAUUACUUGUAAUUAGUUA